GGGAGUUUUCAGGAAUGUUCUCUGACCUCCCGCGAUUCAAACACACACACACACCGCUCUUUCAUUCAAUUAUAAUCCACAUUUCCCAUUUAAAGUGCUAUUUCCGUUUUGACACAGCCAGGAUAUUUUCACUUAGGCCUACAAUUCUAAUUGGAAAAUAGAAAACGGGGCGCACUUGGGCGCGCUCCGUUGGUAAUUACUCUCGGGCCACACAGGAUCACGCUCAAAAGGCGCUGCCAGAAAAGGCAGUGUUUCUAAAUCGUCCAUCAUUAUGUCCACUUUGUUACCGCCUGGUGUGCGUUAGUUUGUUAACGACUGCUGUUUGUGUGUGUGUGUGUGUGGCUUCCCCGUCCCGCCAGACAACGGAAGCUCGCAGAAGGGAAGCGCUGGGGGGCCGUCGAGACAAGAUGUCCGCGAGCUGCGAGGACUCGGUCGGGCUUGAGGCGGAGCUGCUGAACGCAGCCGCUCACGCGGAGGAGCUCGACAACAACAAUAACAACAACAGCAACAACAACAACAACAACAACAUUUUCCAAAGCAACCAGGACAGCCUCUGUCUGGACGACAGCCUGACCAGCCUCCAGUGGCUGCAGGAAUUCUCCAUCCUGGGACCCCAUGGGCCCUCACCACCCCCCCACCAACAGUCCUCCCUGCUGGGCCAGGAAGCACCCUCCUCCCCGCUGGCCGCCGACCCCGCCUGCGGCGGAUGCAUGCCCCUCACACCCGGGAAACCCACGUCCGCCGCCUACUCCCGAAUGCCCUUCCCCCUCCCUGGCAUCGUGGCCCACGGGCACUGCCCCGACGACGUGGACUACCGGACCAACCCGGCGGUGAAGCCGCCCUACUCCUACGCCACGCUCAUCUGCAUGGCCAUGCAGGCCAGCCAGCGCUCCAAGAUCUCCCUGUCCUGCAUCUAUUCCUGGAUCACCGACAACUACUGCUACUUCAGACAUGCAGACCCCACCUGGCAGAACUCCAUCCGCCACAACCUGUCCCUGAACAAGUGCUUCAUCAAGGUGCCCCGGCGGAAGGACGAGCCGGGGAAGGGGGGCUUCUGGAGGAUCGACCCCCAGUACGCCGAGCGCCUGCUGAGCGGUGCCUACAAGAAGCGCCGCAUGCCCCCCGUGCAGAUCAACCCCGCGCUGCAGGGCCGGCUCCGGCCGGCGCCCCUCAGCGUGGACGCCCGGUCCCAGCGGCUCCUGCAGGAGUUUGAGGAGGCGACGGGGGCGGAGCAGCGGUGGGACCCCCAGCUGGCGGAGGGCACCAUGCUGGGCUCCUGGCCCGUCAGCCGGGUGGUCGGCCGCAAGAGGAAGCCCCCGCCGGGCUGCCGGGCCCCCGGCUCACAGGCCAAGGGUCCCCGGCGCUCCAGCUCCCCCCUGCUGUGUGUGGAGGAGCAGAAGGAGCUGGGCUCCCUGAAGGGCAGCUUCGACUGGGACGCCCUGCUGGACUCGGCGCUGAGCGGGGACCUGAGUCUGGACGGGCCCCUGAGCCCCAUCCCCAAGGAGGACCAGGACCUCACGGUGCACGGGACCCAGAUCUUCCCCGCCGAGGCGCCCGGGGGCCGGGGGGCGGACCGCCACAACCCGGACCUGGAGGAGGAGACCUUCCUGGCCACGGCCUUCCUGCAGUGCCCCUGGGUGGAGGAGGAGGUGGAGCAGGGCCCCGGGGACUACCUCUGCACCUCCACCGUCAACCUAGAGCAGCUGUUUGACCUGGGCGACCCCCUGGUGGGCCCCGGGGAGACCCUGAGUGAGGCUCUCCUCUGAUGAGAGACCCUGCAGAGAGAACCCCCCCCCCCCCCGGAGCAGUCCUGGCCGGGACCACUCCGGCCUCCUGGACCUAAGGGACCCCGAGGCCUGACUUUGUAAACAAGCAUUAUCUUUCUUGUUGUUGUUUUGUACUGCUGAUGGCGGAUGAGGAACAUCCCAGAUAGAUGCCACUUGACGCACCGCAGUGGGAUCUAAACCAAACGCCUUCCCCUGGUGGGACCCUGGAAACUGAUGUUGCGGGACUUUGGUCGCCGCGGCAACAUGCUUGCCAGCCGAAGUCUUUGUUUACAUGCGGUCAUGAUACCCGUAGGUGUUGAAUGACAUGGCUACAGGAUGCCUAUUGGUUGCCCGCCGCAGGGCCAUGAGACGUCACAGCCAAUAGAAAUUCAUGUUGCAUUCGGACAGGAAGUGGGAGGACCGAUGGCUACCCCGGAGCAGUAUGGCUUCCUGUUCGGCAUGGCGACCAGGGCUUGAGAAUUAUUGCCAAAUUGUUCUGGUUCAGAAGAUUCACCCCAGUUUAGACGUGGCUCUUUUUGGUACUAACUGUAUUCACAGUUUUUUUUAUUAUUAAUUCAGUGUGUUUCAUGAGAUGAUUC